GUGCAAAAGACCAUGGCGAUCAGCUUCCGCAAAGUGCACCAAGUAGCGCUCGCCGUCUGCGGCCUCCUCGCGACCACCGCGGCCAUCUGGAGCUUCAUCGGCGACGGCUACGGUGGCUCUUUCGAGAGCCUCACGACGCGCGUGGCCCUGCGUGUCUACUACCUCGGCCUCUCGCUCGUCCUCGUCUCCGUCGCGUGCCUUGGCCUCAAGAAGCCGCUCGCAUGGUUUGGGCUCCUCGAAGGCUACAUUGGCAGUGGCCUCUACGUCAUCUUCCUCGCCUUCUUCACGCUCGGCCUCGGCAACGGCUUUGGCUUUUACACGACGCUGACGCUCUGGGUCGUCGGCGCCUUUAGCAUCUUUUACGGCGUCAUUGUCAAGGACGACCGCUCCAACUACCCGCCCCUUCUCGGCUAAGUCACUUGGCUGCGGCAACGUGUGGCAGCGACACCCGCUGCCUUCGGAGCAUCGCGCCGUUCAUGUUUGUGUGAUCAUUCUUAUAGCAAUAAGACUCGACAACGCUGCAACUGUGUCCUGAC